AUGGCCCCUGAAGACACCAACCCCCAGUCAUCCCACCGCCGAACCCGCUCAACCUCUCGCUCACGCCCAACAACACCUCUACGCCCCUCCUCGCGGUCAUCCUUUCGUUCCUCAGCGCGCGGCAGUGUCUAUGGCGACAAUGCUGCAUUCCCACUAAACGCAUUUGAGCCAGCAUUUGCCGAGCUCGCCGAUGCUGUGGCCGACCUCGAGGCCAACAUGAUGCACUUUCAGUUGAUGCACGAAUCACUGGCCCGGUUCAGCGAAAGCUUCGCCAGUUUUCUCUACGGUCUGAACAUGAACGCGUUCUGUGUUGAUUUCCCAGAAGGGCCGAUCACCGAGUCAUUUAAACGGAUGAAGCUGAAGGAAGAGGAGAUGCAAGCCAGCUCCCAAAUACCAAGCGCCUGGCGCGGCGACCCGCCAAUCUCGACUCCCACCGCCAUCUACCCGCGUACCGACAUCCGUAUCCUCAUCGUCAAGAGCGGGGGCUACACGUGGUGGAAGAGGCGGGCCUCGUGGGGCUCAGGCUAG